AGUCGGUCACACUCGGUUGAAGCAGGCAAAAAAUCCAACAACUUAAAGUCUACGCAGGCCUGUCUCAUUUUUCAAAUCAAGUUAUUUUGGAGUGUAUAUUUUGUACAAAUUUACGAACAGCCAUGUUUAUCUUAUUCUGGUGUAUCUUGGUUCUUAGUUCCUUGGAUGUGAUUUUUGUGGCUAAUGCUAAAGAGAAGGGGAAGCAAAAGGUUGCGGAGGACCCGCACUACGAUUACAAUGAGAUCGUGCGAAAUAUGAUCAGGUCUUGGGAAGCACCCGUUGUUUAUCUCAGAGGCCGCGGCUUCUUGCCCAGCGACUACCAGGACACGUCGAAAAUCAAACCGAGCCUGGAUGCUCUAAUGCAGCGGCUGGAUAAGAACAAAAGAGAAGCCAAGAACCAUUGCGUGGAAGGGAUGGGCCCUCAAACGGUUAAAGGUACUCCCAAAGAGAGGAAAUUAUCUGGCUGGGAGCAGCUGCAGGCCUUGAGUACCAAAUUCUCCGGGAAGAGGAGACUAGAUGAACGAGGGGGAAAACUUAUGACCAUGAAGCGCCGCUUGGAGCAGUUGCAAUGCGGUGCCAGCGGCAGUCCACAAAGGUCGGAAAUUCAGAUGAAUGCCAAGAUGGUGCCUGUCCCUACACCAAAGGAGUCUGAGCUAAAAUAUGACGAUGUAUUGCAACGAAUGAUUGAAAAGACGAAGCCACAGUCAGGGAGCAAUCCCUUCUCCUUCAGUCCUCAACCUUCAAAAGCGCCAGCCUCGAUAGAUGGUAAUCCUGUGACAUCGGCUCCGAUCAGUCUGAGUACGUAUAAGGCGCUCAGCUUACUGCCUGAUUCACUUGAUAACACCGAAAUUAAUAUGCCCAAAUCUAGUCCGCCGGAGGCCCAGAAAGGCAAUAGUAAAGAGGAAGCCCAUAGCUUAAAUAAAGGCUUGGGGGUACCAAAAUUUCUAAAAUGGGACAUAAAAACCGGCCGCCUUGACCAGUACUCACACGACGAAAAGGAAGACUAUCUGAAAAAGUUGCUCAAUGUCUACCGACCAAAGCUGGACGAAGGCGACCCAAAACCAUUCCGAGAACCCAACAGUGCUCCUGACUUUGGACAUUUGUUAUCCCAAAAUCUGAGGAAUUUCUCAAUGAGUCACAUUCCAUUUGGAGUCCGAACCAAUGCACAUUAAUUAUGGCUAUUUUGAUUCCCAUGACGAUACCAAGUAAUACGACGUCAUAUCCAUGGUAUCAUCCACAUACUACAUACAUGCUUUUGUUCCCUUUUGUUUACCCCGAAGGAAAUAUCAAAGAAAUCACAGGAUUUGGCUGUUUACCCUGAAUCCGUUUAUAUUUUGUUGAUUCUAAAACGAAUUAGUUGGUUGUGUUAAUUUGGAGGCCACAUGCUUUAACAAAUAAAAAGCUGCUAACAUCUUUAUCGAAGUCAAA